AUGGAUUCCCUGCCUCGAGGCCACGCCCCUUUGUGCCGAACAACAGGAGGAGGAGGAAAUAUCAGUAAUCAGAGAGGACUUGGCACUCGACUCAAUCCCUAUUAUCAGUCAACACCACAUCAACCAACGGUUCAAUCAAUGUCACAACCGAUUCAGUCAAAUGGAUAUAAUAAUCACUCGCAGCAGCAGCAGAAAAUGAUGAAUUACGGAAAUGGCGGAGCAGCGUCGGCGGGAGGAGCCAACAUGUCGGGACAAGUACUUCUAGAAGGACCACCACCCGGUUUGGUGGCAGUUCAAUCUUCGAGUGCAUUGGAUUUUGAUUCUUGUUAUAGUUCCUGCGACGACAUCUCCCAUCCAUCACUGAGUCGAGAGUCUUCGGAUCCCAGUAAAAUAGAUGAUGACCAAAAAACUUUGAUGAUCAGAUAUCCAGCACCGGAAGUUGUUGAAUUCGCGACCAAGUUGGGAUACUCGACGGAGCAACUCAGCCACGUUCUGAAUACGAUUGGAGUCGAUUCUAGAAUGGACGACGUGCUAUCAGAACUUGUGAAAAUGGGACUUCCUAGUGGUAAUGUCAGGUCAUCUGACGGUGUAAUGGCGAUUUCGCAACCAUCGUCAUCGUCAACAUCUGCAAAUCAUCGUCCAGUUGCUCCUUCCUCAUCAGCCCCACCUAUGUCAUCUGCAAUUGCUAUAUCAUCAGCUUCCUGUUCCUGGGCACCAUAUUAUCCACAGUAUACCCCGAAUAUGAAUCUGCGAUCAGUAGUAGUUGAUGGAUCGAAUAUUGCCAUGUUACACGGCCGCAAAGAAGUGUUCUCUUGUGCCGGUCUCCGCGAGUGUCUCCAUUAUUUUCUUGAACGGGGACAUCCUGAAGUCCUGAUUUUCAUUCCACAAUACAGAAGAGAACAACCACGAUCGGACAGCCCAAUCACCGAUCAACAUAUUCUAUUGGAAAUCGAACGACAUAUUAUUUAUACCCCAUCUAGAAACGUAAACGGUCGUCGCGUAGUGUGUCACGACGAUAGAUAUAUUCUUCGAACUGCAGAACUGAAAGACGCCGUGAUUGUCUCCAACGACGAGUAUCGUGAUUUGACGAGAGAGAAUCCAGCGUGGAAGAAGAUUGUUGAGGAGAGACUCCUUAUGUUCACUUUUGUUGAGGACAAAUUUAUGCCACCGGAUGAUCCAUCAGGUCGCAAUGGUCCAAGAAUCGAGAGUUUCCUGUCGAAAGUUCCAGUUUCGUCACCAAAUCCACUAGUUUGUCCAUAUGCAAGAAAAUGUACAUAUGGAAAUAAAUGCAAGUUUUAUCAUCCGGAACGUGCAAAUGGACAACAUAUGAGUGUAACGGAGAGAUUGAUGAAGGAGAAUCAGCAGAAGAAAUCUUUGGGAGCAGUGAAAUCUAUGCAAUACGAGAUGUUCAAAAACAAACACGCCGCCCUUUCCCGUACUCAAUCCCUAAAUGUGGUCAAACCACUCACUGAAAACAUCUGCCAACUGCCUCCAACUCCGGAGAGCCCUAUCCAGAUGCCACGUCAGCAUAUGCAGCUACAACAGGCAAAUAGUGCACCUUGGCAACAACACAGUGUAGUACAGAGACAUGGAUCGUCUCCACUAACUCCAGUGAAUCGACAAAUGAAUAAUGCUCAUCCUGAAAUGUACAAUCAACAACAUCACCAUAAAGUACUUCCGCAUCAGCAUGGUGUAAUUGGAAGUCAACGACCAUCUAAAAUGGCAACUGCAGUAUCCCAAACGCAUCUGUUUGCACCAUCAACUGCUGUUUGGGGUCACUCGGAAUUGUCCGUUGGGCCUGUUAAUACUGGAUCGGAUGCAAACGAGAGUCUCUCCGAGGUUCGUGCUCGUGUACACUUUCAUCUUUGUCAUAUUUUCCCCCACGACUUCGUGGAAUCCGUGAUGGCUGCGAACCCAGAAGAAGUGAAUGCUCCAGUGCUCUGUGAGCUCAUCAUUCGUGCUCAAAAAGACUAUCGCAAGUGA